AUGCCUGCUCCGCCCGCUGAGCCCCCCUCACCAAGACUAACGCGUACUCGCACGACGCCCAAUCGAGCACACUACGAGAAGAAUCGCAGUCGAUCGAGACAGGCGUCUGGCGGGUCGUCUAGACCGACAUCAUCUAAGGGCACACAGGAUUCUAACAAUCCUAGUGAGCGCGAAGUCAGGAAGAUGAAGAGCGCGGGUGAAUUGCGGCGGAAUCACCCCCAGUUGCCACAACCCCCCUCCAAGUCUGCGGCCCCGUCACCUCAGCGAGUAGCCAUGUCGGAAUACGUUACAUCCGCGUCAAGUUCCAAUUUAUUGGAUGUCGCCACUUCCCGUGAUAGCCAGGUUUUGCCGAAGCGUUUUGCCAGUCUUGGUGUGGCCGCUGGUCCAUCGUCUCCCAAUCAUAGCCGGCCAAGGCUGACGAUGGACAAUAGCUUUUGGGAUAGUACGCCCGGUGAGGAGGACGGUGAAGAGGAUGUUCUUGGUAAGCCAAUGCCUAGGAGGGCAACUCUGUCGCGAGACCACCCACAGGCACCACAAAUAGAUCAAGACAAUGCCCUUGCCCAGCUCCCGUCUCCACCUCCGAAGGAUGAGAAAGACAAGAGUCGCCGCUGGGGGUUCUUGAAGAAGAUGUCGAUGGGAAAGAUGCGGACAGACUCAUCACCGAGAGUACCAUCGACCGGUCGGUCCCCAGGUCCUCCCUAUCGACAGACUCUGUCUAGGGCGCCGUCCAUGACGGGAACGGCGCCAGGAGUUCCGCAAAUUGACGUUCGCAUUUCGACCACUGGAGCGUUGCUGAAUGCCGCCAACCAUUCCCUUCCACCGAUACCGUCGGAUGCACCUCUUCCGGUCUUGACAGAAGCCCCCUCACCGCCACCACCGCAAGUACCGGAGAAGCCAUACUUGGACGCGCUGAAAAUGCCGUCAUCACCUUCCAAUCUCUUAGCUCCUACGCCAACUCCCCGAGCUACGAAACGCAGGAGUUUCUUACCGAUAGACAUGUCUCCCAUUCCCAUUCCAACCCCAUCGACAUUUGUUCGUGAUGUUGUUGCUUCAGGAAGCAGCGAAGAUCUGGAAGAGGUUCACAAACCGGCCCUCGAUCCUGUUGUUCUGCAGAAGGAAGCCCUGGAGCAGAUGCAGCGGCGGGAAGAAGAGAGGAUCCACGAGGCUCGUGUUCGCGCGCUGCGUUCGGUCAUGGCGUACCUCCGCGAUAUGCAUGACCUUGGAUUGACGUAUGCCAACGUUACUCCUGUGGAUCCACUGGGUGGUAUACGAUCACGGCGUCCCACCGUAGUCGAGAGCCGACUUCCGUCAGACACUUCCCUAGGGUCUGUGGUCUCUGUUUCAUCUACUCCGUCUCGGCCUGGUUCCACGGCUCAGUUGCGAUCUUCCGAGUCUUGGUCAGGCCUACGCACUGGUAGCACUACGCAGACAAACAGUGUUGCCACGACGGACAGUAGCGGAUCUGGAGAAGAGCGGAAGCACAAAGAUGAUAGAGGAAAACGGUCUAAGAUCAUCCGCGAAAUCGUCGAGACCGAACGAACAUAUGUCAAAGGCCUUCAAGAGCUGGUGGAUAUUUACAUUGAUCCUGCGGCUGCGACUGUAUCUGGCCUCGGUAACGUUGGCCAAAAGCAGGAGACCGUUGUGCCCGCUGCCGAGCGUAAGGUCGUGUUCAGUGGGCUGGAAGCUCUGUUUAGAUUCCACAAGGAUAGCUUCUUGCCGGCAUUGGAAAGAGCAUCUGCUUCUCUUUUAGUCUCGUCUGAAGAACUGGCCGCGAAGGAUGCUGAUGGCUACCUGUCCUUGGACGUAGCUAUGAAAGUUGCCCAGAUUUUUGUCUCGCAUGCAGCGUUCAUGAAGAUGUAUUCAACUUAUAUAAACAACUUUGACAAUUCUGUGCAGAGGAUCAAAAUGUGGACGUUAGACAGGCCGCCGACGUCGUCCGGACAGACACUCUCGCCUUCGUCAAGUAGUGCCCAGCUUGCGGGUUUAGGGAUCUCGAUGUCGAGUAUCAGCGUUCCCGGUGCUCUGCAGGACAGUGCUGCCAUUCAAGCAAGCACGGCGGUAUUGACAUCGAGUCAACGGAAACGCAUCAAAAACUAUUUAAAGCGGUGUCGCCUUAACCCUCGUCACUCGCAGUUGAAUCUGGAAGGAUAUCUUCUUCUGCCAGUUCAACGUAUCCCCCGCUAUCGCCUGCUGCUAGAAGAGCUUGUCAGGAGUAGCCCUCCCAUGUACGACUAUGUGGACGAUCCUCUGGAGCGGGCACUGGCGGAGAUUUCUUCGCUAGCCAACAACAUGAACGAAGGCAAGCGUGAGUCAGAGUCUCGGAGACGGCUUGUGCAGUGGCAGGCGCGGAUUCGGGGCAAGUUUCCGAGUCCUCUCGUUCAGCCACAUCGACGACUGAUCAUGGAUGGACCUCUGCAUCUGACCCGAGUUGUCCGAAAGGCAACAGUGUCCUUUGAAGUGAUCGAUGCCCAGGGAGAUACUUCUGAAGUCCAAGUAGAAUGCUUGUCACCUGAGCUGACUCCUCGCUCCUUGAUCGGCAUUUUAUGCAACGACCUUCUAGUGUUAUGCCGAGACCCAUCUGAAGGGCAGGAUCCCGGUUGUGCGGUGGAUCUAUGGGCCGUGCUACGAAUGCAAACAUUGCCCCAGCCAGCAAGUAUUGUCCAUGGCAAUGCCCUUCGUUUAGUGGACAACAAGGCGAUCUUAUAUUUUGAUGCACCGUCAACAUCUGACGCACUGACAUGGUUUAGAGGUAAUGUUGCCGCCCCCAUUGGUUGCGAAGAUGAAUUCUAA